CGGGAUCCAGUUAUUUCUCUCGAACCUGGGAUCUUCAGUGCUUUUUUCAAGACUGGAAGCUCACGAGCUGAAAGAAUAACGCCUCGGGUGCCGAUUUGAUCCGGCUCUCUUCGAGUCAGAACUCUGCCCAGCCACCUCCUGUUGUAACUCUCCCAUUCCCACCGUACCGUCAUUCGUCCAGUCUCCUGUCUCUUGAUCCGGGUCCGAGAUUGGUCUGAAACUAUGAUGACGCUAUCAGUGAAAAACUCGGGAGCGAAACCUAAUGAAGUAAGAAGGUUCAGUGGAUUUGGGUAUCAGGCAGGACAUCAAAAGCUGCAUGACUCCGACUGACUCAUUUCUGGCUUACGAGAUCGUGCUACGUCCGGACGUCUGAGAUGGCACACUCUGCUAUAAAACGUUCCACGACCGGCCUGAGUUGUACCAACUUCCAUUUUCGGCGACUAUAACAUGUUUCCUGGCAUCCAAAGCAUCCACGAGAUUUGUCCUGGGAUCAUCUUGCGCUGCGACUGCCUGUCGAGUGAAAUGGACAAGACUAUCCUCUCACCAGAGGAAUGGCAUGCACGCUGGGCUUCUGGGACGCGACCGACGGCGGAUCCAAAACCGUGUCUCGUGAUCGAAGUCGACUACGACGCGGAGUUUGUCAAGGUCGCAAGGUUGUGCGAUGCUGCGCCGCGCGACUGCAGAAAAUGGGUCAGAAUAGAUAGUGCGCCUGAAAUCGAAUGGUGCCAUCCAUAUUCUUGGAUCUGGGUCGGAUCCCCUGCGACGAUGCGUCUGGUCAAAAACAGGUCUCGGAUCAUGCAUAUAAACCAAGACCCGCGAUUCAACCAAGACCCUAUCUCCUCCCGCAACCUGCGUCACUAUCUCGUGCACCGCGAAAACUAUGAGAGCUGGCGGAGAUUUCAGGCGCAGACCCAGUCGUCGCCGGAGCCAUCGCCGUUCAGCGCCGCCUACGGGACAAACCUCGGGCCGUACACCACGCUCCACGUACAGCCCGUCGUGGUUCCCGCCGGAUUUACGGAACAGCACCCGAUGCAUCCCGGGCUGUACCGAAAUCCGGGGACCGGAUGGUUUUGGAGUGCAGAACGCGGGUUGAUACAUCCCAAAUGACAUGAAAAAUGAACAAGCUCAUACAUAAUAUUCGUCCUGAGAUUGAGACACUGAGAAGUAGAUGGGAUAUUACCUUCCACUUGUGGACACGAAAGACAUUGGUGUGCACUCAAAUAGGCGCUUGGACGCUCCUCCGCCUCCUCGAACACUUCAGCCAACCGAGCGAGACAUGCGUCCGUGGCUUCAGA